CUCAGUCGGCCAGCGGCUGCCUCAGCGAGCACAGCGGAGCCUGCGGGAUGGCGGCGGGCGAGGGCGGGGCCGACGCGCUGCCCCCGCCCUCCCCCUCCUGGCCCGGCCCGCUCCCUGGGCCCGAGCGGGCCUUGGAGGAAGCGGCGGCUUCGGGCAGCCUGAGCCUGGCCGGGCGGCGCCUCAGACACUUCCCCGGAGGAGCAGCCCGGCGCUGGGACCUCAGCGACACCACGCAGGCGGACCUCUCCCGAAACCGCUUUGCCGAGGUCCCCGAAGACGCCUGCCACUUGAUGUCCCUGGAGGGGCUGAGCCUGUACCACAACUGCCUGCGCAGCAUCCCCCCCGCCAUCGCCAACCUCCAAGCCCUCACCUACCUGAACGUCAGCCGGAACCAGCUCUCAUCCCUGCCCUCCUGCCUCUGCCGGCUGCCCCUCAAGGUCCUCAUUGCCAGCAACAACAAGCUGGUCUCCCUGCCGGACGAUAUCGGCACCCUCAGUACCCUCCGCCAGCUGGACGUCAGCAGCAAUGAGCUGCAGUCCCUGCCGGCGAGUGUGGGCGGCCUGGAGUCUCUUCGGGACCUCAACGUCCGGAGGAACCAAAUCGCCGUCCUGCCCGAAGAGCUGGCGGAGCUGCCCUUGGUCCGGCUGGACUUCUCCUGCAACCGCGUCGUCCGCAUUCCCACCUGCUACCGCCACCUGCGGCACCUGCAGUCCAUCCUGCUGGAGAACAACCCUUUGCAGUUCCCACCUGCGCAGAUCUGCUCCAAAGGCAAAAUCCACAUCUUCAAAUACCUCAACAUUGAGGCCUGCAGCAAGGCACGGCCGGACUUGGCAGAAUUCGCACAAGGAACCCGCCCCGCCGGCUUCGGGACGUGCCUCCCGGACGAUUUCUACCACGUGCGGCAGUAUGGCGGCCUCGACUCAGGCUUCAACAGCGUCGACAGCGGGAGCAAGCGGUGGUCGGGGAACGAGUCCACAGAUGAGUUUUCGGACCUCUCCUUCCGCAUUGCUGAGCUGGCCAGAGACCCCAAGCAGUUGAGGGAGAAGCGCAACGGGACAGUGGAUGCGGCUGACCUGGAGCAGAUUGACUACAUCGACAGCAGCGUCAACGGGGAGGAAGAGGAGGAUCAGGUCUCCGUGGGAAAGCCAGAGAGCGCCUCUCUGGGGACGGCACCCUCCGAAGACUUCCAGAAGCCCAGGAAGAGCUCCUCAACUUCCCUCCAGAAAACAGGACUUGCGGAGCAGGGCCUGACCGGCAGGGCCAGCCUUCCCCGGCCGGAGCCAUUUGGGGAGGAGCGCCGUCGCCCCGAGAUCCUUCAGCUGUGGCAGGAGAGGGAGCGCCAGCAGCUUCAGCAGCGGCCCCUGUGGAGCCAGGGGGCCGAGAGGAGGGAGAGCCUGGCAGAAAGCAGCAGCAGCAGCCUCUCCCAGCUGAAGCAUCGGAACCAGGGACCAGAGCAGCUGUCCGGCUCCCCCAGGCAAGCUCUGCACUCUGCAGAUCCCGUUCACCCGGCCUACCCUUCGUCCCGGGAGCCUGGCUCCGUGCAGAAGCCUUCCAGCUUCCUUUUCCGCUCCUCCUCACGGAACAACAUGCAGCGAGGCUCCGGUUCCUUCUCGCCCGACCUCUCCCCUUCUGAGCUCAGGAACCAGCGGAGGCUGCGUGCCGGAUCGCAGGCCCAGGACGAGAGGGAGCAUGCGGCUCAGCUGCGCAAGGCCAUCGAGUCCCAGCUGAACGUCACCCUGGCCGAAGACCUGGGCGAGGCGCUGGCCAACGGGGUGGUCCUUUGCCAGCUGGUCAAUCACCUGCGCCCUCGAGCCGUGCCCUUCAUCCACGUGCCCUCCCCGGCUGUGCCAAAGCUGAACGCCAUCAAAAGCCGGAAGAACGUGGACAGCUUCUUGGCCGCCUGCCGCCAGCUGGGGCUCCCGGAGGUCUCUCUCUGCUCCGCCUCCGACGUGGCCGCCCUCCUGCAAGGCAACGUCCGCGGCUUGCUCCGCCUCCUCGAGGCCCUGCUGCCCCUGCCAUCAUCGCCGCCGCCUGCGCCCCCCGGGGGGGGCAGGCCCCUCGCCCCGCCCGCCCUCUCCGAACACCUCGCUGGCUUUGGCGUCUUCUAUGUCGUCCUCAUGCUCCUCCUCUACUUCGCCUAUCGCAACCUCUGCGGCUGCUGAGCGGGCAGGGGGGGUCCCCGGCCACCCCCACCGGGCAGGAACAGGUUCUCCAGGGCAGACGUGGGUCAGGGCGUGUGCCCCACACUCCCCAGGCUGCGUGGAAGUCAGGGUGUCAGCAGUGCAGUCGAAGCGGGACACAGACAAAUACCAUUUUUCCCGAGGCCAGCGAUCCCUGCAAUUCCCCCCUUUAAUAAUAAUAAUAAUAAUAAUAAUAAUAAUAAUAAUAAUAGCUAUCCCUUCCCCAGUCAUAAUUAGCUCCCUCUGCCAGGCCCAAGGGGCAGGGGGGAGUGCAGGGCAGCCCUCCCUUGGCACCUGCCGUUCGGUCUCCUCUGUGCCUUGCUCCCCUAGCGAAUGGUGUUUUGGGGGCCGUAUUUUGGCCGGGGGGAGAAGCCGCCAACUUCCUCCACCCCUCGGUUCACAUGCACUUAAAACUGCGUUGCACUAAUUCACGAGUGCCUGCAGGGGGGAGUUGGGGGCGUGCGGCAAGGGAGCACUAGCAGCCCCCCCCAAAAAAAUUUGGCAGUCCUAAAGCCUUGGCCCACCCACUCCGACACUGUGGGGUCUUCGCUGCCCCUGACCUCACACACACAGCGCGUCUCUGAACCGAAUGUCACCCCCUACCCCAGAUUUUGUGCCCGCUCCCCUGCGCUGGCAAACCUUUGAGGGGCUCGGCUGUUUGGCACCCCAAAGUGUGCCCUGGGGCACCUCGGUUUGUGGGCUAAAGGCCACUUCUUCCUGAAAUGCCCUUGCCCCCCCGAAGCCUUUCGGGGUUCCCUGUUCUGGACCUCUUCCCUUUUGGGGCUUCUCGGGGGCACCCGACGCUGGACUCGAACUGCUCCCCUUCCUUUAAUCCAAACGUGCAAUUUCUGAAGGUCCACGGAGGGAGGGAGAGAUGGGGGCCUUGCCGUGUUCCAGCCCACCCCAUAAUCUCUCUGGCACGGUGCACCCCCCAAGUCCGGGGUGGCGUUGGCGGGGGGGAGGCCUUCAACAGGUGACAGGAAUCGCCUUAAUUCAGGGCAAAAGCGGCUCCUCUUUCUAGGGACGCCUGCAGUCAAAUUCCAGCCCCUUCUAGUCUCGCUCCCCAUCUCCGCUGCCUUAAAUAUAUUAAAUUAUACAUAUAUAUUUUAUAUAAAUAUAUAAAUAUAUAUAUAUAUAUUUGAAGAGAAGAUGAUUAUGGAAUACUGUAAUGUAAAGGAAAAAGGUUUUUUUUGGUCUUUUUAAGCAUGUACAGAAUUGUAAAUACGUGGUGCUCUCCAUCGAUCGCCUGCCCCCCUCUCUUGAGCAGGGGGGGGGGCCAAAAAUCUUUUUCAAGGGCUUUGGGGUUGUUGUUUUCCCUCCCCCUUUUCACGGUCCCCCCACACCCCACCAAAAAAAAGGACUGCUGUACAUUCUGCGUUUUCGUUCCUCUUGCUUUUUUUGUUCCUUCUCGAGAGGCGGCUCCGGUGUUUUCUGUUUUGUUCCUCCUCGCCUCGACUCCUGUACAUUGUAAAAUACCAAGAAAUGAAUUCUUCUUUUUUUUCCAAACGA